AUGGGCUCUGUUCGCUGGGCUUUUCGCUGCGGGUCGUGGACACCGAGUAGGUCUGACUGGUUGUUAGCUUCCCGCUGCAUUCAGUGUGAGGAGAAAGAAAGGAUCGGACAGUUUGUGUUUGCUAAGGAUGCCAAGUCAGCCAUGGCUGGCAGGUUGUUGAUGAGGAAGUUUGUGUGUGAGAGAAUGGGGAUCCUGUGGUCAGAGAUCAGACUGGAGCGAUCUCCCAGAGGGAAACCUUACCUGGCAGCUCCACUGAAGGGCAGUUCAGAUUCAGGUGCUGAACCCCCGGCCUGGAGUUUCAACCUGUCCCACCAGGGGGACUACGCUGUGCUCGCUGCGGAGCAGGGGGUGCAGGUGGGAGUGGAUAUCAUGAAGACCACCAUGCCAGGUAGCAGCUCUGUGCCGGAGUUUUUCCGCAUCAUGACUCGUCAGUUUACAGCGUACGAAUGGAGCGUCAUCCAAUCAGCCGGCUGGGAGCACCAGCAGCUUGCCGCGUUCUACCGCCACUGGGCCUUGAAGGAGAGCUUCAUCAAGGCCAUCGGCACAGGUCUGGGCUUUAACCUGCAGAGGGUGGAGUUUCACCUGUCCGCUGAACCUCUCACACAGAAAUAUGUACUGCGCCAGACCAAGAUGCAUCUAGAUGAGGAGGAAGAAGAGGACUGGAUAUUUGAAGAGAGCUUGCUGGAUGCUGACCAUCAUGUUGCCGUAGCACUCGGACCAGCAGGCUCUGCACGUUUUCGUCCAUCAUUUCCUCCUACCACCUCAUUUACACUGCUGUCGUUCAGUGACCUCAUCGCCUCGGCCUCACCUCUGACGGAGGAAGACCCCGCCUGCUGGGACGGCUUCAAGAUGAAGGCUGAAGCUCCACAGAGACAAAAAGAAACGGACACAUCCAAGUGAUCACCCGUCUCACGCUGACACUCACCUGCCAUACACACACACACACACACACACACACACACACAUGCACACCUUUUCAUAAGGGCCAGAAAAGUAACACACUUAUGCUGACAGUAAAGCUGCUUUCUCAUUCAACACAACUGCAGUCAAGUCUAUUUUGAAAUCCAAAGAUCACAGGUUUGUCUCAGAGGACCUCAGAAUCCAUACAGCAUCUGACACCUUGUACCUUUCACAUCCUCGCUUCAGAUGAAGAAGAAAACGAAUGCUGCGCAGUACAUCCAGACAUUGAAUAUUGAUUUGAUUCACUUCCUGUGUAAUUUCAAGAUGCACGUUGUCCAAGAUUCUGCACUGAGCUCGAUAAUCGGUAACACGUUGUGUAUAUAAUGUAGUGUAAGAUAUGUAAUAAUUCACAGUGAUUAAUGCACCAUAUUAACUUUAUUUCAGUCAAAUCCUGAUCACAGAUGCAAGGAUGUAAUAAAGAGUUUCACGACGUGG